AUGAUGGCUGGUGGUUCCUCGGUGGAGAUAGACUUAGAUCAUGUUGAUAACUUGUACAAAGUAUUCAAGGAAAACUAUCCUGAGAAGAAAAUUUAUAGAGAGUCGUUUUUCAGGUUUAAUGAGCAUCUCUCAGUUGAUGAGAAUUUGAAUCAUCUUUCAUUAUUUGCAUUGAACUACCCAUUAUUAGCAUAUUACUGCUACAAGCCUAUUUACUUGGAAAUUGUUGCCCGUUGGAUUCAACAUCCAACAUUAUUUGAACAAGAGUAUAUCAAGUUAAAGUUAAACCAGCAGCUGGAUACGCAAACUGAUAAUUAUGCACAAGGGUCAAUAGUAUUACAAGCAUUAUCGAAACUACUUCAUAUUUCACAUGAGUUUCUCGCCCUUUUUGAGUUUUUCCUUGAAAGGAGUAAACUUUGGGACGAUCUUCUUACUAACAGCAACAGCAACAGCAACAGCAACAGCAACAGCAACAGCAACGUUUCAAAUUUGGAGCAAAUUUUGUUAGCAUAUUUCCGAUUGUUAAUGUAUGAUUCAAAGAGAUUUACACAUUACAUCAAGCCCGAGUUGCUUUACCGCAUUUUGGAGACGAAGAAGCAGGAUUGUGGACAGUCUGAAUCUGAUUUACAAGUUUCCAAGUAUCUCGCAGUCCAAAUCCUUUCGAUAUACCUUCUGGCGUCUGAAGCUACAAAAAAUAAAAUGUUGCAGAAAUAUCAAAUAGGUAAUAAGUUGAUGUCAAAUUAUGAAGGAGAAGAGCUCAACUAUCACUUUCUCGCGCUAUUGGAAGCAAAAAGAAUUGCCAAUUUCCAGAGUCUACCUGUGGUUACAGUAGCUGCUGCUGAGUCAAGGAAGGUAGUGAUUGACACUCUGGUAUUGUCAACCGACUUAGUAGCCUCUAUAUGUGGUGUAUUGGUUCCGAGAUUAAUCAACAACAGCAAACAAAUUCAAAAAGACAUUCCUUCAUUAUCACACACCAAGUUUGUUCCCAUCACCCAUGCAGUCGAUGCACUCAAACAGCUUGCAAUGAACAUACAAGCAAAUCACCCUAUAAUGCUUGUUGGUGCUGCUGGAACAGGAAAAACAUUUUUGAUUAAUAAAUUGGCAGAUGACAUGUCAUAUAAUAGCUCCAUUGUCAAAAUUCACCUCGGUGAACAAACCGACGCAAAAUUGCUUCUCGGUACAUACACAUCUGGGGAAAAACCAGGAACAUUCAGGUGGAAUACCGGGGUGCUUACUUCAGCCGUGCAAGAUGGGAAAUGGGUGUUGAUUGAAGAUAUCGAUAAAGCGCCCACAGAAAUUCUUUCAAUAUUAUUGACAUUGUUGGAGAAAAGACAGCUUAGUAUACCGUCCAGAGGAGAAACGAUUGAUGCAAGAAAUGGGUUCCAAUUAUUUUCAACAGUACAACAGGCAACAAGCUACAACUACUACUCCUCCUCCUCCUCCUCCUCCUCCUCCUCCUCCUCCUCCUCCUCCCUCUUGCAAGAUGACCACGGUUUGCCCGAGUUGAUAGGUUCACGAUUUUGGAAAAUUGUUAGAUUGGAACCACCAAAGGAGAAUGAACUUGAAUUAAUAUUAAUCACAAAAUUUCCGUUGCUUUCUAGAUUGGUAGAAUGCAUAAUGAAAUGCUUCUUUGUGGUGCUAAAGUUUUACGAACUGAAGUCGUUUUUAUCUUUGAAUAAAGGUAGCUCGCCACGAACCAUAUCCACAAAAGACUUGAUCAAGUUUUGUUCUCGGUGUGAGAAGUUACUUUCCGCAGAAGGAAUCACGCAAGCGGAUCAACCAUUGGAAACAACUACAUAUGACAAUAUUUUUGCUGAAGCAAUUUCUUGUUUUGGAGGUGCUAUAGUUGAGCCUCGAGCUUUGGAAUUAUUAGUCAAAAUAAUUGGAGAGCAAUUGCAAGUACCGGUUUCCAGAAUCAACCUUUACUUGUCUCGAAACAAACCACAGUUUGUUAACAACAGUGAUUAUUUGCGUAUUGGACGGGCCUUGAUAGCCAAACCAUCGCAGAAUAUUGGCAGCUUAAGCAUCAAAAAAAAUGGAGACGGUUCAUUAUCAUCAUCAUCCUCAUCGUUUGCAAAAACCAACCAUGCACUUCAUUUAAUGGAACAAUUAAGUGUUGCGAUAAGCAUGGCAGAACCUAUUUUGUUGGUUGGUGAAACCGGUACGGGUAAAACAACUAUUGUACAGCACCUUGCAAAAAUAUUGGGCAAGAAACUUGUUGUUAUUAAUGUAUCGCAGCAGACCGAAUCAAACGAUUUGUUGGGAGGAUAUAAACCUGUUAAUGUAAAGACAUCUGCAAUUCCAGUUCAGGAUCUUUUUGAAACCAUUUUCGUGGCUACGUUUUCACAAAAGAAAAAUGAAAGAUUCAGCAAGAUGUUGUUUCGUUCAUUCAACCAUGGUCAGUGGAAAAAUGUAAUAAGAUUAUGGCGGGAAGCAUAUAAGCUCGCGGUGGAGACAUUAAAUCAUAAGUCUGACAAAGAAAAAGGAGAGGAAAGAGAAGGGGAAGGGGAAGACGAUGGUGGUCCAAGAAAGAAAAGAAAAUCAAAGCCAAUGAACAAGGCUUUUUUGUUGAAGAAAUGGCAUGAAUUCCAUGACAUGCUAAAUGAGUUUGAAAUGCGAUCUCUAAAAUCUGACCACUCGUUUGUGUUUGAUUUUGUUGAGGGUUCAUUAGUCAAGGCUAUAAAGAACGGAGAUUGGCUAUUGCUUGAUGAAAUCAAUUUAGCAAGCUCAGACACUUUAGAAAGCAUUGCAGACUUGUUGAAUGAGACGUUAGAACAAAGAUCAAUUUUAAUAGCUGAAAGAGGAGAUACGGAACCAAUAUUGGCAAAUGCAGAUUUCCGGAUUUUUGGAUGUAUGAAUCCUUCCACCGAUGUUGGAAAAAGAGACUUGCCUGUUAGUAUCCGGUCCAAAUUCACUGAAAUAUAUGUGCAUUCCCCGGACAAGGACCUUCAAGAUUUGUUGACGAUAAUAGAUAAAUAUAUCGGUAGAUAUGCAAUAGGCGGUGGAGGUGGCAAUGGUGGCAACGAUGAAUUGGUUAUACAUGACAUUGCCGAGCUCUAUACACGAGCUAAAGCCUUAUCUGAGCAGAACAAGAUUGUUGAUGGGGCUAAUCAAAGACCACACUUUAGUAUUCGUACUUUGACGAGAACAUUGACUUAUGUAUGUGACAUAGUCCCCAUCUACGGGCUUCGGAGAUCCCUAUACGAAGGAUUUUCCAUGACUUUUUUAACAUUGUUAGAUGCCAAAUCAGAGCAAGUAUUGAAACCGGAGAUUAUAAAAUAUACAAUUGGAAAGUUGAAAAACGCAAACUCUGUUAUGAGCCAGAUCCCGCCCUGUCCCUUUGGAUCAAAAGCUGGUGAAUACGUGCAGUUUAAUCAUUAUUGGAUGAAGCGUGGACCCAACGAGAUAGUUUCACAACCAAACUACAUUAUCACACCCUUUGUUGAAAAGAAUUUGAUGAAUUUGGUUAGAGCAACAGCUGGUUGUAAAUUUCCAGUCUUAAUCCAGGGUCCUACAUCAGCCGGUAAAACCUCAAUGAUUCACUACUUGGCCAACAUCACAGGACACAAAUUUGUUAGAAUCAAUAACCAUGAGCAUACGGAUUUGCAAGAAUAUUUAGGUACAUAUGUGAGUGAUUCUAGCGGCAAGUUGGUUUUUCAAGAGGGGAUUUUAGUGGAGGCGUUAAAAAUGGGUUACUGGUUGGUUUUAGAUGAGUUGAAUCUUGCUCCAACGGACGUUUUGGAGGCUUUGAACCGUCUUUUGGAUGAUAAUAGAGAGUUGUUCAUUCCUGAAACGCAAGAAGUGGUCAAGCCACACCCUGACUUUAUGCUAUUUGCGACUCAAAAUCCACCAGGAUUAUAUGGUGGCCGAAAGUUGUUAUCGCGUGCCUUUCGCAAUAGAUUUUUGGAGUUACAUUUUGAUGACAUACCACAGGACGAGUUGGAGAUUAUUCUUCAACAAAGAUGUCAGAUUGCACCCAGCUAUGCCAAACGGAUUGUUGAUGUUUACAAGGAAUUGACGGUGCAGCGUCAAUCCACCAGAUUGUUUGAACAAAAGAACUCAUUUGCAACAUUGCGGGAUCUAUUUAGAUGGGCAAUGAGAGAAGCAGUUGGGUAUGAAGAGUUGGCUAUCAAUGGCUACAUGCUUUUGGCUGAAAAGGUAAGAAAAGCUGAAGAAAAAGAGUCUGUAAGAAAAACGAUUGAGAAAAUAAUGAAGGUUACGCUUGAUAUGGACCUGUUUUAUCAGAACUUUGAUUUGUCCAAAUUGACCAAUGGCGAAACACUGAUUGUAUGGACAAAAUCUAUGCGCCGGUUGGCUGUGUUGGUGCUUUCCUCCUUGCAAAAUAAGGAACCAUUGUUGUUGGUUGGUGAAACUGGGUGUGGAAAAACCACCAUUUGUCAGGUUAUUGCUGAAAUUUAUCAAAAAAAGCUAUUCAUUGUUAAUGCUCAUCAGAACACCGAAACAGGUGACUUGUUGGGAAGUCAAAGGCCAUUAAGAAACAAAGCUGCUUUGCAAGCUGAAUUGCGUAAAAACUUGGAACGGUUUAUGAGAGCGAUUGGCAUUGAAGCUCAAGAGACAACGGCUACGAUGACACUUGCUUCACAAAUAGAAAUAUUCAAGUCUUACAAGGUACCACCAGAAGGACUUGAAGAAUUGACAUCAACAAUUUACGAAAAUUUGAAUUCAAGCUCUAUUCUUUUUGAGUGGACUGAUGGACCCUUGGUGAGCGCUAUGAAACAAGGCGAUUUCUUUCUUUUAGAUGAGAUUUCAUUAGCAGACGAUUCAGUAUUAGAGCGGUUGAACUCGGUUCUUGAACCAGAGAGAAGUUUACUUUUAGCAGAAAAGGGAAACGGAGAUGUUCACGUAGUUGCUGCUGAUGAUUUUCAAUUUUUCGCAACAAUGAAUCCUGGUGGUGACUAUGGUAAGAAGGAACUUUCCCCAGCGUUGAGAAACAGAUUCACUGAAGUGUGGGUGCCUUCUAUGGAAGACUUUGAAGACGUUUAUCAGAUUGUGCAAUCUCGACUUAAGAAUAAGCUGCUAGCGAAAGCAGUCGUCCAAUUUUCUCAUUGGUACGCAAUGGAGUUUAGUGGAAGUGGUGUUACAAACAAUGGUGUAAUCUCAUUGAGAGACAUUCUUGCUUGGGUUGAUUUUAUCAACUCUGGUGAUGCGUAUUUGACCCCAACAACAGCUUUCUUUCAUGGAGCAUUAAUGGUAUUUGUGGAUGCUUUGGGAACAAACAACACGGCAUUUUUAUCGGAAAACCAACGAAAUUUGGAAAGUGUCAAGGAGAAAUGCAAAGCUGAGUUAUUCAGAUUAGUUGAAGAGAAGGCAGAAGCAAAAGAGAAUGUUAUUGGAGGCACAAAGGUUCGAAUUGAUGGCGAUUUUUUCAAGGCAGGGUUGUUUUCAAUACCAAUUGCUAAACAAACGACGACGACGACGACGACGACGACGAGUGAACGAAAUAUUGUUGCAUUCAGUUUAGAUGCUCCAACAACUGCAUCUAAUACGAUGAAAGUUGUUCGUGCAAUGCAACUUAGUAAACCAAUAUUACUAGAGGGAAGUCCUGGAGUGGGUAAGACUAGUUUAGUCAGUACUAUAGCAAUUGCUACAGGGAACCCUCUUGUUAGAAUUAAUUUGUCGGAGCAAACUGAUUUGGUUGACUUGUUUGGAUCUGAUGUGCCAGCGGAGAAUGGGGCAGCAGGUGAGUUUCUGUGGAGAGAUGCUCCAUUUUUGAGAGCAAUGCAACGGGGGGAAUGGGUUUUGCUUGACGAAAUGAAUCUAGCGUCACAAUCCGUGUUAGAAGGUUUGAAUGCAUGUCUAGACCAUAGAGGUGAAGCAUAUGUACCAGAACUAGAUAAAGUAUUCAAAAAGCAUCCAAACUUUAGAAUAUUUGCUGCUCAAAACCCACAGUUUCAAGGUGGUGGAAGAAAGGGAUUACCAAAGUCAUUUGUUAACCGUUUCAGUGUUGUUUAUGUGGAUACAUUAACCUCUACAGAUCUUGAAUUCAUAGUACAGCAUAUUUAUCCAUCAGUCUCCUUGCAAGACUCAUCUAGGUUGGUUACAUUUAUAUCCAAGAUAGAGGAAGAAGUUGUUAAAAACAAGUUAUGGGGCUAUCUAGGUGCACCCUGGGAGUUUAAUUUAAGAGAUACUUUGAGAUGGUUAAGUUUGUACACCUCAAGAAGCAUAAACGUGGAUACUCAACUUGCAAACUUUAUAGACAUGAUUAUUUGUCAACGGUUUAGAAACAUCAAGGAUCGCGAGAGAGCUCGAGAUUUAUUUACUGCAUGCUUUGGUCCAAUUCAACAGCGUGAUAAUUACUACAACAUUUCGGAUAGCUUUGUUCAAUUUGGAAAUUCCGUUGGUACCAGAGACAAGUUGCAGCAAUUCAACAAUGGUAAUAGGCUUCUUCCAUUGCAAUGCAACUUUAAAGUAUUAGAGACUGCACUUUGUUGUGUUUCUCAUAAUAUUCCAUUGAUUUUGACAGGUCCAACAAAUGCCGGGAAAACUUGUAUGGUAAGAUAUUUGGCAAAUAUACUUGGUGCUAGGUUGGAUGAAUUUUCAAUGAAUAGUGAUGUUGAUGCAAUGGAUAUUUUAGGAGGUUAUGAGCAAUGUGACAUCCAGAGAGAGUUGCAUGCUUUGCUCGCUCAAUUGGAGACGGUCUUGACGGCGUUGACUAUCUCGUUUAUAAGUGACAACGAAGAAAAGGAUAACAACAACAACAACAACAACAACAACAAAAUAGUAGUCAUGUUGGAAAUUAUUGAUGAAAUUUCGUCAAAGCUGGUAACUGUUGAUAAUUUUGAAACACUUUACCAAAAAGUUUUAGAAAUUGAAGAUGUAAUCCCAUACCUGGUCUUUAUCGGUUGCAAACAAAUAUUGACAAAAUUGAAAGAGCCAAACUCGUUGAAAUUUGAGUGGUUCGAUGGUCUUUUAGUCCAGGCACUUGAAAAGGGACAUUGGUUGGUUCUUGACAAUGCUAAUUUGUGUCCACCUUCAGUAUUGGAUAGAUUGAACUCGUUGCUUGAAACGAAUGGAGCAUUGAGUAUUAAUGAAUGUACAACAGAGAGUGGUGAGCCAAGGGUAAUAGUACCUCACCCAAACUUUAGAUUGUUUUUGACUGUUGAUCCGAGGUAUGGAGAACUAUCCAGAGCUAUGAGAAAUCGUGGAAUUGAGGUGUUUGUGGAUUCGUUACAAACCAGACUGACUGAAUUUGAUUCUAAAGUGUUACAAUCACUGAGCCAUGGUCAAACACCAACAGCAAUAUUUUCAUUUGAUCGAAAUUCAAAUAUGAGAAAGUUUAGUGCCGUUGAUGAUGCUGCUGCUGCUGCUUCACCUACAGCUGUGAGCGCACUUUGGACUCUCUUGAGUCUGCAAGAUUUGGCAUUACUAAGUGAUUGGAAAGAGCUCAUCAUCAACAGUACGGAAUUUGAUGAACGUAUGAAAUCUUUGUCAAUACCCAUUGUUGAAAACUGUGCUCUUUACACUCAAUUUGAAUUCAAUGCCUUGAAUCACUCCAUGUAUGCCAGAGCAGACAUACUUGCCACUGAAAUCUUUGGUCAUGACAUUGAAUAUGCCGGUAAUCAAUCAAUCCAUCCGUUGAUCAAUAUGUACAUAGUAUCCACUUUUGUCCAAGAGCAUCCAUCUGUACUAACCUGCGAAUCUACAAUGUUAUUUGAAGUCAUUGGUAAAUUAAAGAGUUUGGGCUCGAUUAUCAAUCGUAUAGAGCUGGAGUCUAUGAGUAAGAAAGUGGUGAAUCUAUCAUAUAUUGAAAGAUCUGCGGCGAUCUCACAAGGUAGAAAUAUUAAACAGCCUGUAAAGAUUGAUAAUACUUUUCAAAUAGUGCAAGCAAUUUUCCAGCAUGUGGUGGCUGCUACUACUUCAUCUCAUGACAAGUCGUUCAAGUUUGUUGUUUACACAGAGAUCUAUGAGCUUCUUUUGUUGCUUGAGGUAUUCAUUGAAACAUUGUAUAAGAAAGACGAAGCCAAGAUAAGAGUUUUUCAACAAUUGAUUGUGCGUUGGUGCAAUGCUCAUCCAGAACUAUUGCAAACAUCACUAAUUACUGAAUUCUUUGAUAAGCUGUUUGAACUAACAACAGGACUUUUAAUGGACCAGAUUUGGGACGAAUAUAGAGGUGGAUACCCCACAACGAGGCAAGGUUGGACUCAAUUUGAAAAUUUACUACAUGUCAUGAGCGACUUUGAUCAUGUUGCAAAGAGUCAGUACGAUGAUGAAGUUUCGCCCGGUGUUAUCAGUCUAGCGAAACAGUUUGGUGAACUAUAUCGAUCAAUCCAGACAGGUGAUUAUAAUGAGGACGAAUUGAAUGUCGUCAUGGAUGGGGUUGAGUCCGGAGUGCAAUCUUUGAAAAGCAAACUUUUGUUGUUUCCCAAGAGCCGUCAAAAUGUAUUUAAAGCGGAGUUUUCAAAUGUAUGUAACUUUUUGGAAAGUUCAGGUGGUGGUGGUGGUGGUGGUGAUGAUGAUGAUGAUGGUAGUACUUAUGAGAAGCUACUUGAUUUGUACAUGCGCUCUGGUAAGUCAUUGGCUUCUAUUGUGAAAAGUAGAAGUUCAAAACCUUAUCCUAUGAUAUUGGAUAGCAUCUGGAGUGAAGAUGCUGUGGAUGCUCCUGAUGAUGAUGAGGAUGAUGAUGAUGAUGCGAGAGUGACGGCUAUGUUUAAAAGUACAUUACUCGAUUCUACAUUACAAAAAACGGGCAAUUUAAACAAUUGUGCUGUUCAACACCUCCAAGACACCCUUUCCGAUUUGAAGCUUUUGAUCACUUCUUUGGUGAAAAACUCUCACUCCAUCUUAAGAAAUCAAAAGCACGUAUUUGCAGAUACUUUGUUAGAAUGGAUGAGAAAGGUUUUUAAGACUCUAGGACUCAAUAUUGAUAGCAAUCCACAAGCAUUGUUUAGAACCGGUUUCCCUGAUUCAAAUGCAGAAAAUGUUAUUCAGCAGUUUCUAGUUCCUGCAUUUUCGUUAGCAUCACAAGCUACUGCAUUGACCGAUCUUGGGAAGGCAUGGGUGUUAUUUUCUUUUGCAAUGAUAAAGUUGUACGUACCAAAUGUGCCUAACGAUCCUGCUAUCAAGGAAUAUGUGGAGUGGAAAGUAUACACUGUUCGUGCGACUCAUGCUGACAGUCUUCAAUUGUCAUGGAAGAAUAUUAGAGAAGUCAUUAGUGGAGAUGAUAAGAUUUACCUAGAAUCAACAUUAGAAAAACUAAACCAGCAAGGUGCUCCUGCUAAGCCUAAAGUGUAUCGUUCCGAUGAGGAUCUGACACCUGUUAAUGCAUUGUUUGAAGAGUGGAACUCAUUUUUCAGUUCUAGUAUCGAUUUCAACGCUAUUGAAAAUUUGAUAAAAGAGAUUGAACUCAAGAAUACGUUAUUGGGUAAGAGCAAGUUGGCAUUAUUUCAAAGUAACAUUUCCAAGUUUGCCUUAAGAAUGAAACGUAAUUAUCUUGUUUACUCGGAUUUGAAUGAUAUUCUACUUGGGUACUUGUACGGCUUGAAAUUUGGGUUAAGUCUCAUCUCCAUAGAUGAUUUUGAAGAUGGUAACUUUAAGUUUUCAAAGGAUUGGCUAUUAAAUAGUCUGGAAUUUUCCAAUACGUCAAGAGUUUAUGAUGAAUUUAUUCGGGCACAAAAUUUUACAAAGACAUUAGAUAUAGACGAUACAAAAGCGGAGUUGAUUGUGAUCUUUUUUAUGAAACUAGCAUUUGCUCAUGAUCUCGGAGACGGGAAAGUUGAGGACAUGGUUUUCCAGUCGUUAAAGUCAAUCUACUAUCGAUGGUCACUUCGAAAGAUGAAACAAGAACAAGAAGAAACUGUAAAAGGAAGCUUGUUUAAGUUUAAGGACACCGAAGAGCAUGUCGAGGAGGAUUUCCAAGAACUAUUUCCUGAUUACGAGGAUGUGGUGAAAUUGGAUAGCAGUAACGCUAAAAAUCACCAAAAUGACUUUAAAACUGUUUAUACCCGUAUUGCAGAAACUUAUGUUGAAAAGUUUUUUGAAAAUGCCAAAGUCGAUGUGAGUGUUUUAACAAAAUGCGGCUGCGAGUUACAUAAUUGUCUUCAACUGCUGCUGCUGCUGCAAUUGCUGCUGGAUGCAAAUCAUGCUUCUUCAUUGGCGGCUGUAAUUAAUCAUGCUCACAACUGUCAUCGUUUCGUUGCUGAACCAGUGAGUGAUUUCCAUUUUUACCAGGAUAGUAAUCCAAAAGAAGUGGAGAAAGCUACAGAAAUACUUUCUGGUGUUUACGCUCUCGUCAAGAAGAUGUUGGAUCAAUGGCCAGAGCAUGCAACUCUCAAGAAUAUCUUAUUUUCAACCAGCGAGUUCUUAAACUUCCCAGUGGGCUUGCCUUUGGGGCGGUUUUUACAAAAAUUGGAGCAAAUAUAUACCUACAUGGCUGAAUGGGGAAAAUAUUCUUCAAAACAAACCUCUCUUCAAGCUCAAUAUGACCAGUUGACGAACCUUAUGAUUUCUUGGAGAAAGUUGGAAUUAUCAACGUGGAAUUCAUUGUUUGAAUUUGAAGAGAAAAAUCUUCACCAAAAUGUUGGUUCUUGGUGGUUCCAUUUAUUAGAGGUUAUCAUCAUUCCUAUUAUAGAAGAUACAAAAGAUGAGGAUCAUGCUGUGAAGCUUUUAUCAGCUUUGAAUUCAUUUAUGAGCAAAGCAUCUUUUGGGGAAUUUUACAGUCGCUUAAACCUUUUAAAGGCAUUUAGAAAUCAUGCCAAAUUAAUAGAUAGUUGUCAUGCUAUUGUUGAUGCAUUGUCCAACUUUAUAACAUUUUACGAACAAUUUGGCUCAGCAAUUAGUGAGCAGAUUAAGCUUUCGAGGGAGAAGUUACAGAAAAGCAUUAAUGAGGUGAUAUUGUUAGCUAGUUGGAAGGAUGUAAAUAUUGAUGCGUUGAAACAGAGUGCACGUAAGUCUCAUUCCAGUUUAUACAAGAUUGUUAGGAAGUAUCGAGAAGUGUUGAACACUCCAGUUCAGCCUAUUAUUGAGCAAGGGUUGCCACAGCUGAGCAAAGAGCUCGAAAGUGGUCCAAGUAUAUUGCCGCCGGUUGAGGAAGCUAUGCCGCCAGAGAUUACUAAAGAACUCACUCAGAUUUCAUCAUGGGAUCAAAGACCAAAGAGAUUGCAAGACCUUACCCUAGUGAAGCAGAACAUGAAAUUGUAUGUAGAAAGAGUUGGUACACAGAACUUACCACUAGUUGUUGACUUUGCUUUCGAACUUGGACAAGAGAUGGACAAUUUGAGAAAGGAAACACCAACCCAAUUAAAUGAUGGAAACAAGAAACUAGUUGCUGCUUUAAAGACUCAGAAACGGAAGUUACUCAGUGAUACACUUAAGGAGAUUAAGCGUGCUGGUUUAAAGACAAGUUUACGUUCUGACAUAAUUGCAACACAGCGGACCGCAACUUUGAUUCUUGCAAACUCCCGAAACUUUUCAGGAACGUGCCUCGAGAAAUGUGAUACUUUUUUUUAUAAAAUGUUGGACUUACUUCCACGAUUGAGAGAGUCGGUAUCAAGUCCAGCUGAAGAUGUGCCUGCUGCUGAUGUUGAAAAAGGUCUUUCUGCAGCUGAGAAUUUGGUUCAUUUGUUGAUUGUGAAGCGACAGCCAUUGAACAGCUUUGCCUGUGAGUACAAGAAUUUACGUGAACAAUACUCGAAAUUGUUGUUUUUGGCAAGAAUGGAGAAGCAAGGUGAUUUAUUGGUAAGAGAGGAUGAAAGAACAAAAGUUUCACAGGGAUUGAAACGAGUUGAGAUAAUUCGGAUUUGGUUACCUCGCUUAUUGGAGUAUGCAAAGUCCACCAUAGCAUCAUUGAAUUACUUUAUUAAUAAUAAUAAUAAUAAUAAUAAUGAUAAUGAUGAUGAGGUGAAUGGUGACAUUUUUGAAAUUUUAAGCAUUAAAUUGAGAAAGUUUGUAAGAGCUCAAGUAGGGAUUUUAACCAGUGACGAUGAAAAGCUUGUUGCUGAAGUUGGAGAAUUUGAAAGUGAAACAAUUUCUUUGUUAAAUAGCUGGAAGUUGAAAAAACCCCAAGGCGCAUUUGUUGCCGAUACUAUCAUGAAUUGGUUGGCAGAAGAGGUGACAGUUGUGCAAAUGGACGAGAUGAAGAAGAAGAAGAACAACGUCACUUUGGAAGAUUGUGAGGUUGAAUUCAGAGAACUAUCCUCGAUGAUUCUUGUUGCAGUUCAAAAGAUUAAUGCAUUUGAUGAAAUGCCCAAUAGGAACGAUGAUGGCUGGUUGGUCAAUUCUCAGAGCAAGGUGCUUGAGUUGAUCAAGACCACACAUAUUAAAUCAAUCGCCUCCAAAUUAAGCAAAUGUAUUGAAAAGGCAACGUCAGUUUCCCCUGCAGAGUCUCGUUUGAUAUCGUUGUUAUCAGGAUUUACUUCUCCUUUAGUUGAAAGCUAUGUACAAUUAUGUUUGUAUGUGUUUGAAAAAUCCUUUUCGAGCUACAAAGAUUUAGCAAAAGGAACAUACAUGUUAUCUGCUAUAUUGUAUUCAUUAGCAACAAAGGGCUUUUGCACACCUGAGCCGCCAAGCGAACAAAAAGAAGAUAAUAAUUUGCAAGAUGGAACUGGUUUAGGAGAUGGUGAGGGAGCUCAAAACAACUCCAACGAUAUUGAAGAGGACGAAGAUUUAACAGAAAACGCUCAGCAGCCAAAUGAAGAUCAAAAUGGAGAUGAAGAUAAUGAGAAGGAUGACGCUGUUGAAAUCGAAGGGGACAUGGAAGGAAAAAUGGAAAACAUGUCUGAUCAGAGUAGUGAUGAUGAUGAUGAUGAUGAUGAUGAUAACGAAGGCGAAGGUGAGGAAUUAGAUGAAGAAAUAGACAACUUGGAUGAACUAGAUCCAAAUAGUGUUGAUGAGAAAAUGUGGGAUGAGGAAGCAAAGGAAAAUGAUUUGGAGAAGAAAUCUGAAAAGCUUCCAGAAAACUCCACCAAUGAUGAUAAUAUGGAGGCUAAUGAAGAUGAGCAAAAACAGGAAACUAAUGAUCAAAAAGAGCAGUCUAAUGAGGAGGAGGAGGAGGAGGAUGAGAAGAAGAAGGAUGAAGAAGAGAAGACUGAGGAGGGCGAAGAUGAUGUGGCAGAGCAAGAUGAUCAAGUGGGUAAUGAACAUAGUGAGCAGCUUGAAGAAAACGUCCCAGAGUCUGAUGUUUUGGACCUUCCAGAGGAUAUAAAUAUUGGUGUAGAUGACAAUGAUGACGACGACAUGCAUGAGGAUAGUGAUGAGGGAGAACGAGAAAAUGGGGAAGAAGUACUUGAUAGUCAAGAAGAAGAAGAAGAAGAAGAAGAAGAAGAAGAAGAAGGAUCUGAACAUGAGGAAGAAAAUUCAGAAAAACAAGGAGAGGAACAUGACCCUGAAGACCUCGAUCCAGCUGAUGCGAAUGAGAAAAAUAAAGAUGCUGAUACGCCAGAGGAUGACAUUAUUGAGCCUGAACCGAAGAAUACCGAAGAGGGUGGUGAUGCUGAGGAUGAUAAAGAUUCGGAAGUUGCUAAAGGUGGUGAUGGUGGAACCGAGGCUAAUAUCGAAGACAAUGAAGAUGCAAGUUCUGAAAUUCAACAAGAGAGUGGUGAGUCUGGGGAAGGUGCCGCCAGUGCAUCGCUAGCCCCCAAAAAAGAUGGCGAGAAAAACACGGGCGACGAGAGUUUGCAGACUCAAGAAAACCAGGGAAGCUUUGAAGAAAAUCAAGAUGAGGCAAGAGAAGCUAUGAAUGAGUCACUCAAACAGUUGGGUGAAUGCCUAAAAGAAUUCUAUCGUCGUAGAGAGGAAAUCCGUAAUGCUCAAUCUGAAGAAGAGGUUGAGCAGAAAGCCAAUGAAAACACGGAUGAGUUUCAACAUAAUCCAGAUAGUAAUUCUGACAUAGAUAUGCAAGCUUUAGGUGCUGCAAGUAAAGAACAAGUGCAAUCAAUUGAUGAAGAUAUGGCUAUUGACGAUGACGUAAAUCAACCUGAUGAUCAACCUGAGGAUCAUCCUGAAGAUAUGGAAACGGAGAAUAAUGAGGAGCCAGUUGAGGGUCGUGAGCAGUUUGAAGAAAAUUUUGGAGGAGCAAAUUCUUAUAAAGAUGAAGAAGACGUUGAUUACGGUGGUGUUGAGAAGGAGUUGGUGGAAACGGGGGAUACUGAGGAGGGGCACGAAGAGACAUUUGAUGAUACAGAGGAUGAAAAGAUUGAGGAGCUAAUUGCUAAUUACGAUAUAAAAGAUAAAGAACAACCACCUAUGUCUUUGGAAGAUGCUAAAGCGCUAUGGAAAGAGAGUGAAUUGUCUACACAAGAACUAGCAUCUGGGUUAUGUGAGCAAUUGAGAUUAAUCUUGGAGCCCACUCUUUGUACUAAAUUAAGGGGCGAUUAUAAAACGGGAAAGAGGUUGAAUAUGAAACGUAUUAUCCCGUAUAUUGCCUCGGAUUUCAAAAAGGACAAAAUUUGGUUAAGAAGAACGAAACCCUCUAAAAGACAAUAUCAAAUUAUGAUUGCUGUUGAUGAUUCCAAAUCAAUGAGCGAGGGCAAUGCAUCAAGAUUGGCUUUACAUAGUAUCGCCUUAGUGUCAAAAGCUCUAAGCCAGUUGGAAAGUGGUGGACUAUCAAUUGUCAGAUUUGGAGAAGACGUGAAAGUGGUUCAUCCCUUUGAUAAGCCAUUCAAUGCCAACAAUGAAACUGGAGCCAAGGUUUUCCAAUGGUUUGACUUUCAACAAUCGAAAACAGACAUAAAAUCCUUGUGUAAUGAAUCUUUGAAGAUUUUUGAGGCACAAAAGUUUGACAAUAAGUCGGAAUUAUGGCAAUUACAGAUUAUUAUUAGUGAUGGUGUUUGCGAAAGUCAUGAGUCUAUAUUGAGAUUAGUGAGAAAAGCUAGAGAUGAGAAAAUAAUGAUGGUUUUUGUUGUGAUUAAUGGUGUCAAUCUGAAGGAGUCAAUUUUGGAUAUGCAGCAGGUUAGCUUUCCAUUUGAAUUUUAUGUUGUUGUUAAUAACAUUCAUGAGCUUCCUGAGAUGCUUUCAACAAUUCUUCGACAAUACUUUUCAGAGAUAUCCGGUGCACAAUAA